AUGAAAGAAAACGAAGUGUUGUGCCGCUCCAGGGCCGAGCAUCAUACAUUGACUGAGGCUGAGCUAGAGACGAUUGGCCUGAGAAAUGAGGCUCCUUCAACCUCUCUCUCUACCAAGAUCCAGAAGAUAAGGUAUGAUGUUUCUAUAGCUCACUAAAGGGACUUUUUGGGAAGGCUGUAGAGCACCUUGUGGAACUUGCAAGCCCUGAAUUUGUAUACAUACCAAUACAUUUAAAGCACAUGACUUCCCCCAAAGAAUUAUGGGAACAGUAGUUCAGCCUAACAGAGCUGAACCAAACACUACAGUUCCCAGGAUUCUUUGGGGUAAGUUGUGUGCUUUAAAUGUAUGGGAUCUACACAGCCUGAAAAGAAGAAUGGCUUGACUAGAAACCAGGAGGACCAUAGACCAGUGCUCCAGUCACUUCCAUUGGUUUAUCCUUCUUGCUCUUUCUACUUCUGAUGCUUGUGUGACAAUAUGUGACCAAAAAAAAUGUGUGCUGUUGCUUAUAGAGCCAAAAAUGCCACCAUCACACAAAAAUGAGUUAUUUGGGGAUUACCCAAGGUUUACUAAAAGCUUUUUAAAAGAAAAAGCCUUAAGGUGCAGGAAACCACCCAGAGGGCUAAUGACAGCUAAGUAUGGUGGUUGCAGAACGCUGACUGUUGGGUGGGGGAAAUAGAUUGAAAACUCGGUGGAGGCGGUAUGGAAUGGAGCAUCAUGGAGGAGGUUAUGACUGGCUGGCUGGCUGGCUGACACAAUGAACAACAGCACUCCAUGCUGCAACAUUUUGUCAUGGAUCCCACUUGUCUCCCUUAAAAGAAAAAAACCUCAAUGCAUGUUCUUGUCACAGAGAACAUGCAUCAGACAAUUUAUUGCCCUUCUAAUGUCAUUCCACUUAGGGUUGCAGUGAAUGUGUGGUCUGGUAGAGGAGGGCAUUGCAUGUUCUCUUUGUAAAAAUAAACCUUCUUUCCCAUGGAAUACUGGCAUUAUGUGAGUAGGGGCUUUAGUCGGACUCUGUCCUUGAUAUGCAAGUUUUCCUUAUGCAAGGACUUUUUCCAUGGGCAAAGAUGUGAGAAUCUCUUCUGCAGUCACAAGUGAUACAGACCUCAAAGGACUAUCUUCUGUGCAUAUGAGCUGUACCUUUGAAGUGGCUCACAGUCAUGCACACCAACCCUGAAAAUGGAGGGUGCUGUGCUCUUUUGCUUCUACCACUUUAAAGAUUUUAAUCUUUGGGUUGUAGCCAGUUCCUUCCACCAAUUACCAGUCAGAAGGCCUGUGGGAGGGCUUCAAGUCCGGAGCCUCCCCUCCCAAGCCCUGCUGAACUCCUGGCCAAGUCCCUGAACCGAAAGGGGCAGGAAGAGCUAGAGACUGUGCUUUGCACAUGAGUAGUUUAGCGGUGGGCGGGGCAAUCCCACCUCCUUCAUUGCCUUCUUUAGCCUCCACAUCUGCCCAAAUGUUACAGAUGUGGAAUUUGGUCCCUUCUGUCUCUGAAGGAGACGCCUGCUGGCUAACAGUCAUUGUUAGGCGCUGGUGGUGGUUACUCGUGAGUAACCAGGCAGGACUCCGACCUGUCUUUUACAUGUUUAUUGGUGCAAACUAUUUACAGUGCAGAACCACAGAGUUCAUGUCUGUCUUAGUCACUUGCAGAUUCCAGGAGUGGCCCCUUCUGGUUUCUCUCCCAACAUAAGAACUUAGACACCCCAAAUCUCCACCUCCCCUCCUUACAUUUCACCCAUCUGCGCAAGCUGGGCAACGGAAACGGCGCGUCUGCCUUCUGGGCUCUCAGUAUCAUCUCCGAGCCCUCUCCUCGCUUGGCUGGCCCCUUCCGCCUCUGCUCCACUGGAGGUGUGGCUUUCCCUACCACUGGAGAAGAGUUGGAGGCUCUCUGUAUCCCCCUGCCUCCCUCCCCUGUUCUGAUGGCAGUUCCCUGACAGUCAUGUUCUUGCAAGAAGAGGCAUGCCCAAGAUAGAACGGGGUAUUUUUGACCUCCCAGUUCUUCCAUUGCUGGGCCACAGUGCAAUUUGAAGACCAAACGUCCCUCUCAGACAUGCCUUUUUGCACUUUUCCCUCACAGAUGCUCAGGUUCGACUGCAAAGUCCUUGCUGUUCAAGUUCUUCCCCAUCCUGAAAUGGCUACCGCGGUACCCAGUCAAGGAUUGGCUGCUAGGGGACAUCAUCUCAGGAUUCAGUGUAGGAAUCAUGCAUCUCCCUCAGGGUAAGCUUUCAGGGAGCCAGUCCUCAACCCUUGUACCCCACAAGGCCAUUGAUGACAGCCCUGACUGUCAUCCAUUUCUUCCCCUGUUCUUGGAGAGCAAAGAGCCUCCAUGGGGUUUGGUGGCCCUUCUGUGCUUCAUUCUUGAGUGGACAGGUCCUUGUCUGUGUACCUGGCGUGGGUGUGCCAUUGACACCAGAUUUUCAAGAGGCCAUGCCUUUCUGCUAUACUGUGCUGAACUUUCACAAAUAUUGGAGGAGCUGCCAAAUACCAAAACACAACUGGACAGGGAACCCAAAUGAAAACAUGCUUCCGAUUUAAGUUACUGUUGGAAAUACGGCCUUGAGGACCUUGGGGAAAACAAAGCUUUGGCUAAAAAAGCUAGAUGAGGAGAAGGGGAUGUAGGUGAAGGGUGCAGUCUGGAAUUUCUGAGACAGACUCAUAUUUAUUUAUCAACCUUGUUGCAUUUCUGUCCCACCUUUUUCUCCAAGGUGGCGUGUAUGGGCCCCACCCUUCAUUUAAACCCCACCACAAUCUUGUGAGGUAGGUGUGGGUGUGGGUCAGCGACUGGCCCAAGGCCACCCAGUGAGCUUCGUGGCUGAAUGGGGGAUUUGAACCCUGCUUCUCCCAGACUCCUAGUCUGACACUGUAACCAUUAAACCAUGCUGGGAAAUAGCAGGAGGCCGUGUAAGUUGCCUGCAUACAUAGGCUUGGUGGGUGGAUAAAACUACAGCAUGUCUGAGUGGGGCGCCUAGGAUACAAUGGAGCCUGCAUUCUAAGCAAAGGUACCAAGCAGUGGCUGCGAAUUAACACCCGCCUUUAUUUUGCCUAGGUUUGGCCUAUGCGCUUCUAGCAGGGCUGCCUCCCGUCAUCGGCUUGUAUUCCGCCUUCUAUCCCGUCCUGCUGUAUUUCUUCUUUGGGACCUCCAGGCACAUCUCUGUGGGUGAGCAGGGGAUGCUGGGGGAAGAGGCCUUCUGGGAUCUGCGUAGGAGUUCAGUUUUUAUUGAGAGACUACAGUAAAAGCAAAGCAGAGAGGAAAAAUAGAAAAGGGAAAGCAUUAAAAAAAAAGGUGUAAGAAGAAGAUGGAAGAGAAUAGGAAAAUAUAGGAAAAUACAAAGCCCUCUAUCUAGGUUAUAGCUUUACUCUUCAUCCACACCAAAGGAGGUAAGCCAUCCCUACAUCUCACUGGGGGCUUCCUCCUCUUCCCCAGCCUCCUAACUUGGGAGAUCCUCUCUGCCCUGCCUCUCAUCUUCCAUCCAUCACAGAACAUAAAUAUAGAUAAGAGUUAACGAAAAAGAACCGAGUUUAAAAAUCAUAGCGAAAAAAAGAUUUUUAAAAGAGAUAAGAAGAGAAUUUUUUAAAAAGGAAAUAAUGACUUCUGAUUUUCCACUUGGCAGUUUUGUAUACGCAUCUUCAAAUUAAUUUAAGUUGGCUUAAUUGCUGCUUGCCCUGCUUCACAAGACUCAUUUGCUAUCUCGAACCAGGUGACUGGUGAGGUGUAAAGGGACAAGCCCUCUUUGUUCAAAAAGGGCCUUCUCGGUAGUGGCGCCUGCCCUGUGGAACACCCUCCCAUCAGAUGUCAAGGAAAUAAACAACUAUCUGACUUCUAGAAGACAUCUGAAGGCAGCCCUGUUUUGGGAAGUUUUUAAUGUUUGAUGGUUUAUCACUUUAUUAUUAUUAUUAUUAUUAUUAUUAUUAUUAUUAUUAUUCUGUUAUCAUCAUCAUCAAAAUACCCUUAAAGGCAGGAAGCUGGGAUCUUCUUCCUCUGGCCCUAAAUUGUGAUCCUUUGGCACCCAAUGUAAAUCCUGCUAUCUUGGUGAUGUGGAUGGAUAAGCAAAGCCAACUGAGCUUGUGACAAAAGAGGACUGGAUUCUUGUGGGAUGCAAGGUUGGACAGGUAGCUGAUCUCUUGGCCCAAGCCUCUGUCUCCUCCUCACAGGCCCAUUUGCUAUCAUCUCUGUGAUGAUCGGGAGUGUGACAGAUUCACUGGAACCAAGCGGAAAGUACAUGGAGGCGGUUAACGGUACGAAUGUCACCAUUGUCAAUGAGACUCUGAGGGAUGCUGCCAGAGUGGAACUGGUGGGUGCACUCGCCUUCUUGGUUGGCAUAUUUCAGGUGAGUGGUGGGACCCAAAAGUGUGCAUGUUCUCUCUCAACAAUAACAAAGGAGGCAAGAAUGAAUGAAUCUGCCAAUUAUGUCUCAGUUCAUCAUUUUUACAGCCUUAAGCUCAGUCCAGCCCAUUUCCCCAUUAGAUUGUGAUUAUUGUACAGUGGUACCUCGGGUUAAGUACUUAAUUCGUUCUGGAGGUCCAUUCUUAACCUGAAACUGUUCUUAACCUGAGGUACCACUUUAGCUAAGGGGGCCUCCUGCUGCUGCUGCGCCACCAGACCACGAUUUCUGUUCUCAUCCUGAAGCAAAGUUCUUAACCCGAGGUAAUAUUUCUGGGUUAGCGGAGUCUGUAACCUGAAGUGUAUUUAACCUGAAGCGUAUGUGACCCAAGGUACCACUGUAAAUAUAUUUUAUAAGUUCACACACAAGGUUGUGUACAUUUCCAUGCAUAUUUCUUCUAAUAUGUUUGGUUUUGUUUGUAAUUUUCCCUAAUAUAAUGCACUUUUUCUAGUCCAGCAACAUUGUCUAGCUCAUUGUCUACCCCUGUUCUAAAGUCUCAGGUUUUUCUCCUGCAACCUGACAGGCUUUUAAAUAAGCCUUUAUGUUUGGCCCCAUCUCACAGGGACAGAACUGGUUGAUCUUAUGUUCUGUUUUCUGUCCUGGGUCUCUGGCAAGUCGCAGCAGGCUUCAUAGCAAGAUACCUCUGCAAUACACCCCCAGAUCUACUGUGUCCCACAGGGAGAUUUCUGGAAGGGAGUUGUGUGUGAGAGACAACAUGAGGAUCUUAUUCCCUCUGCUUUCUUUUUUUUAGAUUGCCCUUGGUCUACUUCAGUUUGGGUUUGUGGCCACCUACCUUUCUGAGCCCUUGGUGCGGGGCUACACCACAGCGGCCUCUAUCCAAGUGCUGAUCUCCCAGCUGAAGUACGUCUUUGGGGUGACUGUGAAGGAGUAUGCAGGGCCAUUGUCAAUAAUCUAUGUAAGUACAGUUGGGCCCGGGAAAGGGCAGGUUUAGGCUAGAGAGGAGUCGGUGGAGGAGUUUGAAAUCUUUUGGAGCUGGAAGCUAUCUUAGCAACAUGCUAGAUGUAAAGUCAACAUUAAAGUAAAGGUAAAGGGACCCCUGACCAUUAGGUCCAGUCAUGGCUGACUCUGGGUUUGCGGCGCUCAUCUCGCUUUACUGGCCGAGGGAGCCAACAUACAGCUUCCGGGUCAUGUGGCCAGCAUGACUGAGCCGCUUCUGGCAAACCAGAGCAGCACAUGGAAACGCCGUUUACCUUCCCGCCGGAGCAGUACCUAUUUAUCUACGGAGGCUAUUAAUAUGCAUGUUUGUUUGUUGUUGUUUGUUGGGCAGGUUUACCAAACAGCAGCCAGACUGUAGCAUUAGAAAAGGAGAGUUAAACCCUCCUCCCCACUUGCUGUGAGGUCCAAACAAUAAUAGUCUCCAGUGCUUUUUUCUGGGGGGACGCAAGGGUACGCAUACACCCCUAAACGUUUUGUAGAUCUUUGUACUUUUGUUCAUUUACUAUAUUUAUUUUUCCCAAUUUAAACUAUAAAAUGGUGAUUUUCUUGAGUCAAAAUGAGAGUACCCUUAAACAUUUUUUAAGAAAAAAAGCACUGAUCGUCUCCCUGAGGCUGCUACUUGCAUUGGGAGGGAAACCCCCAAGGGUGCCAAUGACUCCUGCCCUUUCUUAACCAUGUUCCACAUGACAUUUUUAUACAUGCUUGUUCCUCUAGCUUGUGUGAAUGAACUCAUCCUCUCAUGCCACAGAGAGGUUCAGAAAACACAAUCUAAAUCCCUGGAAGCCACACGAGGGAAGGCAGUGGCCUCCUCCUGAUGUCACAGGGCUGUGUUUGCUGGGACAAGGAUGGAGCAGGGCGAGGGAGGGUGAGGUCAGGAGAGCAGCAGGUUGGCCUCCACUGUCCUGGAGCUACCCCAACCUCAGAGCCACCUUGCUCUGCCCAUCCCAUCAUGGCAAGUGCAGUGCCACAGCUUCCAGGAAGAUGCCAGUGCCUUCCCUUGUGUGACUUCCAGGGAUUCAGAUCAUGUUUUCCGAAUCACUAGCUAUGUCUGGCAGGUGUAAUAAAUCCCAAUAUAAAGAUUCCAUGCUAUUUUAAGCAUGCACAAAUCCAUACAUGCCAAAUGCACCUGUUUCCCAUUUUCUGGUACGCAGCUUUGGUAAAUCACUACCCCAGUUAUAUCUCCGCUUUGCCUCUUUUAGGAGGAUUUUGGAUGCUUGAUUUUAUUUUACUUUUUGAAAACGUUAUCGGAGUGAGCAUGCAUACUGUAGAAGAGCUCUCCCCACCCCACCAUCACCACCAGCUCCCCAUAACUCCCUAUAAAGACUGUAAAUGUUUCUGAAAACGUUUGUGGCGCAGUGGUUCUAUAAAAAGCACACUUAGAUUCACUGUGAGAUUAAAAAUUCUUAAGCCUUGAAGGAAGGAAGCUGUUGUGGUCUGUUUACUAAUAAAUAGCUUUGCUUCCAUAGUCAGGGCAGGACAGCCUAUUUCUGAGAAAAUGAAUACUACAGUCAGAGAAGAAUCAAGGAAGGCCAGAGAGGGGUCAGACAGAGAGGGCUCCUCCACAAUUCUGCUUGUCCAGCACCCAGAAAGUUCAGGUCCAAGCAGUUUUCCGCUUGUCCUGAGCUUCCUUGGCACUGGUCUGAGCAGUUUUGCUUUGCCCCACAGCUUUCCCCUGAGAAACAUGAUCUUUACUGCUGAAUCGAAACAAAUGGCAAUCUAUGGAUUGGUCUGAUUCAGCAGUAAACCGCAGGUUUUCUUGGGGGGAAGUGGCAGUAGGGAGGUGAGGUGUGGACAAGGCCUUGGUAUCGGAAUGGGGUAAAACAUGAAACAUCCCUAUUUUCUCCUGUGGAAUGUUGAUGCUGUCAGCAGAUUGCCACUGACAAUGGUUGCAAAGUGUGUCCACAGCAGAGAAAGUCUCAUGGAAACGUAAUUUACAGCAAAGAUCAACUGGGGAUUGAGGAGAAUCACUUCACUUUAAGGGACAAGUGUCGGCUCCUUUGUUUUCUUUUGUCUGCAGUCCUUUAAUACUCCUCCUUUCCGCCCCAAUGGACCCACAGCAAGGCAUAUAAAAGAUUUUGGAAUACUAAAACUGUUCCUCUGUUGGCUUUUAUGCAUGCCACGCUACGAAGAAUAACUGCCAUUGAUUGCAGGCGUGGCUCUUUUUAUUGCUGUUGCUUGGUGUUUUUCCUUGCAAAUAUAUAUUUUUAUUCUUUAAAGAUGGGAUCUAAACAAUAAACAAGUAUUCAAAUCAAUUGAAAUAUAAGGAGGACAAACCAAGAAAGCAGCAUUAAAAAUGGAAACCCACCACAAUAAAAGAGAUCAGCAUGUCUGUAUCAAAGGAGGGUCAUUCACAAACCAUAGUGUUACCAUUACCAUUUUGCUGAGCAUUAGCAAAAUUCCAGGGGUCUUGACACUAAGCCAUGGUUUGAGGCACAGCAGAAAUGGUGGUAUCUUUAAGAAAUAUGGUUUAUUUACACAUAUUUAUCCCCGAGUUUAGGUGAAGGGAGUGCAGAACAUUACACUGCAUUGGGGUCUCUGGUUGCUCCUCUCACGUUUCCUCUUUCACAAUUGCUUCCCCUGCUUUGUGCCUCCCCUACAGACCUUUUUGGAAGUUUGCUCAAAAUUGCCAAAUACCAAUGUGGGCACCUUGGUCACUUCUCUGGUCGCCAUGGUUUCGAUCCUGCUUGUGAAGCUGCUCAAUGACAAAAUUGGCAAGAAGCUUCCGAUCCCAAUCCCCAUCGAGCUUCUCACGGUAAUUUAUUCUCUGGAUUUCUAGGAUUUCUACCCUGUCCCUCUUUUUUUUAGAAAAAUAAAAAUAGCAUGGUGGGCUCACAAACAGUAAAUUAGCAAGAAACAACAUUGUAGUAGCUAUUAAAUCAUCCUUAGAACUUUCCGGAAAAAUGAAUGGGAUUUAUUUAAUCAUGUUUAACAAUUAUAAGGAAGACUAACAAACUAAAACAACAAAAUGGCAGGAGCUAAGUUCUUAUUAAAAAGCAGUAUUUUAAUAAGGACCACUGAAAUGAAAGCACUUUUUGCUGCUUAGCCAGAAGUGAGUAACAAAAGGGCCAGGCAUAUCUCUCUUCGGAGGUGGCUCUAGGUUUGGGGGCUGCAACCGAAAAGGCUGUGUCUGAAGUAGCUGCACCUAACCUGGUGCCAUCCAGAUGUUUUGGACUACAACUCCCAACAGCCUCAGCCUGCUGAUGAGAGUGUGAGUCCAAAACAUCUGGAGGGUACCAGGUUUGGGGGGGUCCAAAGCACCUACCUGCUCUGCAUCCAGUGGUUGAGCAACCCAGGGAAUCAUCUGUAAUGGAAGAUGACAACCUGAAAGCCAUGCUACUGGACCUUCACUUUUAACAUGGAGUUCUUCUCUGGAAUUGACUCUGCAGUGCUUUCUCUCCUUUAUAUAGCACAGUGCAGUUUAGUUAAAUGGGCAAAAUUGUCUUGAUCUCCCCCAUAUUUUGGGAGGCUCUACUCAGUAGUUUUGAUUGUGUUUGCAUAGCCAGCAAUUAUCCAUUAUGGAAAGUCAAGGCAGACUAGUCUAGUCUGGAUCAGCUUCAUUCUACAAACAUGGGUGCAGCUGGAGGGGGCAGGGGGGCAGCUGCCCCCCUUGAUCAAGUAAAACAAUAGAAAUACUUAACUAACUAACUGACCAACCAACUAAUCUGACCCCCUUAAAAAAAGUCCUGCCUCCCCUAACAAAUAUGCUACAAACAUUUAGCUUUCACUAGACCAGAGCAUCCCAUCUACCUCUGGGUGGGAAUUGCUCAUCUUUACUCAUGGAUCUGCCAAUAGGAGUUGACUUGUGACCUUUGGAUAUCAGAAACGAGAAGCAGAAGAGAUGACAGUUCUUAAGAUCAUUCAUAUUUGUACAAAACCAGAAUACUGCAUAGUCAAAUCACACUGGCCUUAUAUAUACAGUAUAUACAUAUAUUUCUUCUGAUUCCUCACAUUUGCACAAACUCAGAAGAAUGCACAGGCAAGUUUACCACUGCCUGACUGUGAUUUUGCACACUUAUUGGGUGGGGAUUUUUUUUUAAGGCAUGCACAAAGCUGCCUGCACAAAUGUCCUGUUGGUCCCUACUAGGCAUAAUAGAAUCAACAAAUUAGAAGGCAAGGACAAACACAAAAGGGAAUGGCUACCGGCAUGAAUGAGAAAGAUCAAAGAUGAUCCUUUGAAUCCUUUGAUUUGAAUUUGAAUUCAAAUGCAUGUGAGUGUGGACUACUCUGGUCGAAUUUGAAUGGGGGGAAAGUGGAUGAAUAUAUAAACAAUGCUCAGAUGUGGCCAAGUCCUUCCUCUCACCCUGCCACCUGUUUUCAGAUUAUUAUAUCCACAGUGAUCUCCUACUUUGCCAAGCUGAAUGAAAAUUUUGGGAUUAGCAUCGUGGGUGAAAUCCCCAGCGGGUGAGUCACUCUGGCUGCUUCCCAUAACCACCUUAGGACAUGCAAUUUUUCUCUUCCUGGGUGUUGAUGGGGAGAUGAAGUUCUCUUGCUAGCUCUGCUGUUUUCAGAAGUUUAGGUGGUAGUGUCCUGGGAGAGGGAAUUUGGAGUCUCUCCUGACAGAGAGAUGCAUCUUUGCUUUAUAGCUACAAUUGAUUGCUAAAGAUGCACCUGUUUUCCCUGGCCUUUGACAGCUGGAAAAUAUUUUUUAGACCUACUCCAAUACUGUAAUUUAUGGUGCUGUCGUUUUAAAUAUUUGUUGGCUUUCUUGUUUGUUUUAAGAGGAUAUUAAUUUUGUAACCCACUCUGGGACCUCAUGGUGAAAAUGUAUAAUAAGGGUUCAUCCAGACUUUCACUUGAUCAUGUUGUGCACUGGUUAAUUUAUCUGGGUCGGAGAGCUCGCAAAAAGCUGUUAUUACCCAUUUUGGCUCACAUAGUUUGAAAUCAAACCAUGCAGGCACAGACAUGGGCCUCAAAGUGCUUUGGAAGGGGCUUCACAAGAGGUGACAAUUGGCAGGUCUUGUGAAGCCCUGUGCAAUGGGCUUUGCAGGCACUUCCCAGCAACUGAUCAGUGGCACCUACAAAACACAAUUUGGCUGAGCUAAACCUUUUCCUGCCCCACCCCUGACACCAAAUAUAUGACAUUAGAUGCAAGGGUAUGGCUUGGCCAAAAUGACCUCUCGGGCCAGAUGGGGGAGGCCUGUUAGCCCAUGAUGCAGAGGUUCCUCACCCCAGGAAACUAAACUGAGCUCCCUUUCCUGCCCCCUCAACCCACACCCAUCUCCAGGUAGAGAAGAACUGCUCAGGGAGACAUUAAGCUUUUCCUCACUCACCUUGCCUUGUGUUGUCUGUGGACCAGAAGUGCCUCACUGCGUCUGUGUUUCCUUAUUGCAGGAUGAGACCCCCUCAGGCCCCCAAAGUACACUAUUUUGAGAAGGUGGUAGGAAAUGCCUUUGCCAUCGCAAUGGUUAGCUACGUUAUUGCUAUCUCGCUUGGCAAGAUCUUUGCUCUCAAGCAUGGCUACAAAGUGGACAGCAACCAGGUAAGGAGGCUCUGCUCGUUAUCUGGCUCCCUGGUUUUCAUUACUUUCACCUUUACCCUGUCGCUGCUUUGCGUUCUCUGCCUUUGCUAUCUACUUCUUUCCCACUCCCGCAUCCCACUCCAUCGAAAAGAGAGGCCCCCCUGCCCUUCCUUCUGUUAUGUAUUUCCUGGAGAGGGGCGGCGGAAGCGGGCACUGUAGAGCUGUGAAGAACGGUGGAAACUCGGUGGUGAGAGCGCUUCAGGAGAACCUUCUUCCUGAGGGUUUGCUGAGUACAGGUGUUGCUUCACAUGUGGCUUAUCUUGCAUUUUCAGGAUAUGAUUAUCAGGAAUUCAUGACUAAGGUAAUAAGCUGAAACUGAUUUAUGACCAGCAUUCUGCUGAGUCAGUAUGAGUCAGUACAACUGAUAAGUUCAGCCAGUGAAGUAAUGCGGUUUUGAGCGAUUGGAUCAUUGGACUUCCCUUUGUGUUGGCUAGGAUUAUUGCAUUACUUACUUGCAUUGCUUACUUUACUUACUUCAGACUUACGUUGUUGCUUACAUUACUUGCUUCAGGCACAAACCUUCAUUUAUUAUGGACUGGCUUUUCUUUCUGUCUUGUCCUACACUGGUCUUCAAUUGGCAGGUUAGGACCCGCUAAUGGGUCGCAGCCUGAUCCUAGGUGGGCUGCAGCAGGAGACAUACCACCAUGCAAAUAUAUGGCAAAUGAUUAAGAAAUGGGUCUCCUAAUGCGAGUUUGGGUUGAAAGUGAGGCCUGAGUCUCACUGAGCUUGAAAACUACUGUUGUGCUAUAAUAUUGUUACUGCAUUUGCAUGACACAUUUUCUUUGUGUCAGAUGUGGAUUGAUCUGUAGGUGCUUCCUUCUGCAAGAAGUUGGGCUCCCUGACCCAUCUUAUCAUCUGUUUUAAUUUACCGUUGGAUAGUUGAGUACUUAUGAUACAAGUGGGUCUUCAGUUUGGGGAGCAUCCAUAUAUUCUGCCUGGUAGUCCCAGGUUGGCCAUUUAUACACCACCAAAGGUAAGGAAACCAAAGAAAAGACCAAACAGGCCGCAGGUGUGCAUAAAAUUUGCAGAUCUGAAACUAUAUGCAUAGAUGCACACUUAGAAAUGAUUGUAUUAAUUUUGGACAGAAAUGCAGCAUAUCCCUUGACCUGUGUGCCUGCUCAGUCUCCGGUCCAGGUGCUGUUGACGGGCAUCUUCAAGGUCUGUGUUUGGUCCUUGAUCUUUAAAUUGGCUUUGGGCCAGGCAGCCCUUAAAAGAGCAGGCUGCACAAUAGGAACAUCCUAGUCAAUCCUUAUGAGUUUCCCUGUGUAAUGUGAAACUGGACCACAGAGCCACGCAGACUCUCAGCCCUUUUCCAUGGUAUGUCUCUUGCAGGAGCUGAUAGCCUUGGGGCUCAGUAACUUCGUGGGCAGUUUUUUCCAAUGUUACAGCAUCAGCUGCUCCAUGUCCCGCUCCCUUGUGCAGGAGAGCACUGGAGGCAACAGCCAGGUACGUCCCCAGUGUAAGAUGUCAUCUUUUUUCUGGUAGGAGCAGGUAGCAGUUUCUAAAUCUAGCUGAUGAGCAUUGGAGCCCGGGUUGCAGAGAGAGCUCACUUGGAGCUAAUGGAACAGCAUCCUGAGCUAAGUUAGGUAACUAGGAUUUGCCGUCCCGCUCUUGCAUCAAAUGCCUAGGUCAAAUCUCCCUCUCCCUGCCAUUAUUUUCACAGAACAUAGAACACAAAUGACUUGAUGUGCUGAGGAUGGUUUGGCUAUCCAUUCACAGGGAACCGUAUCCAGUCUGAGGGCAAGGCAUGAGCCUAGGGGUGCCUCCAGACCAUGGGUAGGCAAACUAAGGCCCGGGGGCCAGAUGCGGCCCAAUCACCUUCUAAAUCUGGCCCGCGGAUGGUCUGGGAAUCAGCGUGUUUUUACAUGGGCAGAAUGUGUGCUUUUAUUUAAAAUGCAUCUCUGGGUUAUUUGUGGGGCAUAGGAAUUUGUUCAUAUAGUCCGGGCCCCCACAAGGUCUAAGGGACAGUGAACUGGCCCCCUGCUGAAAAGGUUUGCUGACCCCUGCUCCAGACUGUCAAGUGUUUUUCAGGAGGGAUUCGAGCACCUUCUGAGAAACAUGGCUUUGCACAAUUAAAGUGGGUUAAAGUGCUCUCUCACUCCAGUGCAACAAUGCCCCCCUUUUUUUGAAAAAAAAGAAGAAGCAGUCUUUUUCCAGAUUGGAAAAGCAAGGGGGAAAUGCACUGGAUGAAUGAUUCAUGGGAACGGGGUAUAAGCACCCUGCAAGCAAAUCAGGAUGAAUGCUCAGUAAAGACCAGGCAUAGUCUAACCUCCAUGUCAGCUUUGUGCAAUCCAAACAGGAGGAAUGUUCGAUAAGUCUGGAGGAGCUCUAGGUUUUUCACAAGGAAAACGAAUGGAAUGUCGUCAGUAGUUUAGAAAAGGGAGGGUGUAUGUGUGUGCAUUGGGGGGGGGGGGGGUUAUUGCCCUUUUCUACUCCAACCAGCCUUGCACUUACCGGUACUCAUCUCUAUGCUCUCCUCUGCAGGUGGCUGCCCUGGUCUCCUGUCUCAUCCUCCUAGUGACCAUUUUGAAGAUUGGGGCACUUUUUGAACAGCUGCCCAAGGUACGUUAAACAAACUUAGUGCUCUCAGUUUUUGGCUACAAUCCUAAACACGCGGGAAUAAGCUCAACAGGACUUAUUUCUGUGUAAACAUGCACAGGAGUAUACUGUUUGUUUCAUUUUACCUGUUGGUGGGAUUAACUAUUGGGGCAGGGGGUGUCUUUAUAUGUGCCAGCGCCAUAUGUAUCUAGCUUGUGAAAGACAACAGCAGCAGAGGGGCACAUAGAAUAUCAAAGAAAACUAUCAUUUACACGCAAGACUAAACAGCCACAUCUCCCUUUGAAGACUUCACAACUAUGCAAUAAAAGUCUCUUUAAACUGAGGCUUUUAUGUUGUUUUCUGUGUUGUGGGUGUUAUGAUACUCCCUGUUCUCUAUUAUAUCUUUGCAAUUUCCUUGUUCCUCAGGCCAUUUUAGCUUCUAUCAUUAUUGUCAACCUGAAGGGCAUGUUCAAGCAGUUUAGAGAUAUCCGUAUGCUUUGGAGAUCCAACGUUACUGACCUGGUAAGGAAGAAAAGAGGAGCUCCAUAGAAAUAAGGGGAAGUCUGUUCAUCUGCUAGCCUGCUGUGGCCCUGCUUUGACACUGCUGCGCCACACAAUCAGCACGAUCACGCAGUGCAGUUCUUGCUAAACUCCAGAACAGCAAACCAGAGGUCUGUCUAACAGACACCUGGAAAAAUAUGUGAAACCAAACUGGUCCUCCCUAACUAAAAUGCACAGGAUUGCAUGUUUGAAUGCUUCCCCUCAGGAGUGGGGGUUUGGGGAAUCCCUGCACAUAGAACCCUUGAGUCAUGAAGAAAUCUCAGUGCUAGAGUUUUUAUCCCAAACAUUCUAGUUUUCUAUGUGCCAGAAUGUUUCUGUUGUUGUUGUUUUACCCAAAAAUGAAAGUAGGGGCAGCAUUCAAAUAUGUAUUUCCUGCAGAUCUCACUUGCAAAUAAUUUAUAUUUAUUGAAGUAUUUUCCAGAGCCCUGCUGUGUGUCUGGCUUCGUUACCCCAGCGACUGUUUUGCCUGCUGCUCCUGGCACAUGGCAGUGCCAUAAAUGUUGGCAACUGCAGCUGAGAGGCUUGGGCUCGUUGCAAACUUUGCAGUGAAGUACAGAAAGCUCAGCUUACAUGAUCAAAGCGACAGCCUUCACAAAGGCUACCAUGCGUCCCACGGUGCAUCCAGGAUCCAUGCUUCCUUGCAUCUCCUGGUACAUGCAGGAACAGCACAUCCCUGGAUGAUUCCAUGCAUGCUCUUUAAAAUUGCUGGCUUAAAGCUAUUGUUUUAGCUCUGCUUUAGUUUUUAGGCUAUCUUUCAUAUUUUGUUUGCAUUGCACUAUUUUAUGCUGCCUUGUGUACUUCAGUAAAGAGUAAAAGGUAAAGGGAGCCCUGACCAUUAGGUCCAGUCAUGGCCGACUCUGGGGUUGCGGCACUCAUCUCGCUUUAUUGGCCGAGGGAGCCGGGUACAGCUUCCGGGUCAUGUGGCCAGCAUGACUAAGCCGCUUCUGGCGAACCAGAGCAGCGCACGGAAACGCCGUUUACCUUCCUGCCAGAGCAGUACCUAUUUAUCCACUUGCACUUUGACGUGCUUUCGAACUGCUAGGUUGGCAGGAGAUGGGACUGAGCAACAGGAGCUCACCCCGUCACAGGGAUUCAAACCGCCGACCUUCUGAUCGGCAAGUCCUAGGCUUUGUGGUUUAACCCACAGCACCACCCACGUCCCUUCAGUAAAGAGACAGGGGUAUAAAUAUAAUAAUAAUGCAUAGGAGCACCCAGGGGCUCCACAGUAGCCUGCACAAUGUAUAUUAGCCACCCUCUGCCACCCAUUGGAUAACUCUGCAGUUGCCAUGGAGGCAACAGACCUCUGUGUCAUUGCCUUGAAGCUUCUGAACAGUCCCAAUGGCUUGGUGCAACAGGGAACAGUUGUAGAUCAGGACAGACAGUUGCAUAAUUCAGCAAGUUUUCCUUAAGUCUUCUGUUGCUAUUUGGGGGCAAUUGUACUUACACUUUCUCUAUUGUUUCUCUCUCUCUCUCUCUCUCCCCCCUCCCACGCUCUGAAGCUGAUCUGGGUUGUAACCUUUAUAGCUACUAUUGUGUUGAAUCUUGACAUGGGGCUGGGGGUUGCUGUGGCCUUUUCACUUCUCACCGUAAUCUUCCGGACCCAGAUGUGAGUAUUCCUUGGCCUGCAAAGGAGAGGGGGAGGUGGGCUUGGGAAUGGCCCUUUGCCAGGUAGCAGAAAAAUGGUAGCAUUCUGGUACCACCUCCUGGUGCCACUCAGUUAAAAUGUCAGAGCUGAGCCAGGAACCCAGAAGAUCAAGCCAGGAAUCAGAGCCAAAGCAGAGAGCAAGCCAUAGCCAGGAAAGAUGUAUCAUUACCAGUAGUUUUAGCCUGAACAGAAGCACUUCAUAGCCCUUCUUCUUAAGGACAGCCAGUGGCCAGACAUUUGGGAAUAAAUAAAUAUUAAAGGAACUGUGUUAGUCUUUGGCAUUCAUCAAUGCAGCUGUCUGUAAUGAUGAAAGUGUGUUGAUGUCUGACCAAUGUGUUCAGCUCCCAGGAGAUACUUCUAGCCAGAACUGACACUUAUCAUAAUUUCAGACUGGUGUAUUGAACAAGUUCCAACUUUCACCCAUAUGAAUUUGGCAACUUCUCCAUCAACAUAAAAUUCCAGGUGUCAUGAAGUUGUUGCUAAGUAGCCUGAACAGAGUCUUUGCUAAUCCCUCUUUUUCCAUCUUCUCUAAGGCCCCAUUAUUCCAUUUUAGGACAAGUGUCCACAACUGAUGUUUACAGAGAUGUAGCUGAAUAUCAAAAGGUAAAGUACAUUUGGAAAAUGACUCGGGGAGAUGACUAUGGAGGGGCUAUGUAGAAAAUGGCGUGUGUGCUUUGAAAAACAAAGCACUGUGCUUCCUCUUGGACCAAAGCAAACAUGAACGGAAAGAGCCUGGAAGAUGUACAUGUCUAAUGGAGGGCUGGGAUGAGACAAUCGCAAGAUGCAGAAGGGUUUAUCCUUCUCAAGCCCUUUUGCUCACAUCUUACUAGGAGCAACCUCUGUUCAACCACAAAGCGUUUCACCAAGUGCUAUCUCGAAUCCAGAUUUCUAGCCACAGAAAUCACAUGCCCUGUACAAAAGCCUAGCCUUUGUUUGUUUGUUUGUUUAUCAAAUACUUAUCCCACCUGUUAGGAGGUCCUGCACAUGAGUAGGCAUCCAGCAGAGACACAUGCCCGACUGGCAUGUUCUCUCCCUCCUGGUCAGUCGUUCUGGAGCUUCAAAAGCUUUCUCCAGCCCGAACAUCACAGCGAUUGAUGACUUGCAGGCAUCAGCCCACUUCAGGAUCAGCAGAGUCCUGGCAGUCAGCGUAACAGACUCAGUAGCACAGCAUUUUGGCUAAACUACUUUAUUUACGUAUAAUACACUCGGAGCAUUCUAACUCAGCUCCUUCCUCGUCAGCAUCAAACAGCAAAGAGAAAGAGACAAAGGAACAAACGUCCUACAUCACGGAAACACAGUAAUACAAACAUCCUGUCUCCGUCACUUCCCACUAUGUGGAAUGAAAACAUACACCAUCAUGUGAUAAAACCAAUCCCAUGACUGCAACACGGGGCAAGAAUCCUAACAAGAAGCACAGGAGAUCAACCAUGAACUUACUUUCUGCUUUAUUUUCACAACACCACUUUGAGGGAUGUUAGAUUGUAAUUUGUCCACAGCGAGCUGGUGAGCUUUGUGGCUGAGUGGGGAUCUGAACAAAAGUCUCCUUGAGUUCAAGCUACUAUGACACUGUACUAACGCCUUGUUUUGUUCUGUUUCUAGGCUGAGGAGAUCCCAGGCGUGAAGAUUUUCCGCUCCUCUGCUACGAUCUAUUUUGCUAAUGCUGACCUGUAUGCAGAAGCCUUAAAGAAGAAGGUGAGGAGGGUUCAGAAGAUGUCCCUCAUAUUUCUUGGGGGGGGCAGAGGGUCUCCAUGGUGACCAAUGCAUUAGAAAUAAAAUGGCUUUGGACUGUAUUCCAAAGUUGGGCCUCACUUGCAGAAGCCAAACAGAAUUCAUAGUAUGAAAGAGGCUCAUAGACCAUGGCUAUGGGUAUCACUAUAUAACAUGUACAAGGAGCGCAUAAGAAGCAAGCAAACAGGCUAGAGUGAUCUAUACCUUGCUAAAACCAAUAGCUGCUGGUACAUAAAUAUAUGUCUCUUUUUCAGUGUGGCUUUGAUGUGGACCGUCUUGUUGAAAAGAAGAAAAAAGCCCUAAAGAAGAAGCAGAAGAAAGACAAGAAGGAAGCCAAGAAGGCAAAGGUGGACCAUUUUCUUCUAAAUUACUAAUUAGUGUGUCUCCAUGAAGUUUAUUGUGUGUGUAGUUAAUUCAUAAAUAAUUUGAGGCAAGAAGGAAAGGCGGCUAAAUCAUUGUUUUCAUGUGGGGACCUGUUCACACAUGACACUAAGCACGCUUUUGCUAAAAGGACCUUUGGUGUUUUGUAAAUACUUGCAGAUUUUGUUAAUACAGCCUAAGGCAGCCAUGUUUUAACUCGGGGAUCAUUAACCUGUAGCCCUUCAGAUGCUGUUGGACUACAACUCCCAUCAUUCCCAACCACUGGCCAUGCUGGUUGGAGCUGAUGGGGAUUGGAGUCCUCCAGCAUCUGGAGGUUUACAGGAUAGUUACCCCAUUUUCAACCUGAAGUGAGAUCCAUUUAGGUGGGGAAUCUUUUUCAGCACAAGGGCCAUAUUCCAUUUCGGCAGCCUUACAGUGGCCACAAACCAGAGGUCAGCAGGGCCAGAGGCAAAAGUGGCCAGAGCAAUGAACAGUAGGGUGGGUCUAGUUUCUACACAUGCUUACACACCUUGCUCUAUCGUGUAUGUCAUAGUUCAAGGACAUCUUCCAGCCAUAAGGGCACAGGGUUUGAAGCUUUCUAUAGAAGCUCAAGCCAGAAGAUGUAACUUCUCUGUUCCUUCUGCCCUGCUGUUCUUUGUCCCAGAAGUAAUUUAUGGAGCUUCUCAAAAUGUCACAUGGAGACACAAUUGCUUUGAGUUUACUCGGACUUCUGUUCUGCUCUUGUUUUGGUAACAGAAAAUGACUUCUCAGAUCAAAACGGUGUGUGACUCUGGGAGCAACAACCUGGCGUUUGUGAAUAUAGAUAUGGAGGCAAGGCCACAGGUAUUUAUCAAUCUGGGCAUGAAAGAAAGUUGUGGUCAACAUUUCCGGGAGCAGGCAUUUAACAUGAUCAUAUGAGUAAAACCCAUGUGAUGAUGUUGUUGGUGAUGAUGAUGAUGUUUGGUACCGUGGGGAAUAAUCUGGAUUUGUUGUCUCAGGCACCAAAAUGUGUUGGUCUGUCUCCGAGUAGACUUGCCGCAGACCCUUCAUACUGUUGAUAAAGUGACUCCCCACCAGAGCUGCUAGAAAAACUGUGGCACAAAGAGAGGGUUGCAAAACACAAAGUGACCUGUUCUUUCUGUUUGCAAUCAGUUCUAUGCCUCUUCUUCACUGAGGAGCUUCCCCACUGCAAGGACUGUACGCACACCUUCCCAUUGGCCUGGUUCACAUGUCAUACAAAGUCAAACCACGGCUUAGUGGAAAUGUGCUGGCUCCCAGAGAAGAGGCUGUGGCUUUUUUGCUCCUCUCCUGUCACUCUGCUGCUCUGCUAUGCCCUGAUUUGGCUUAAUGUGUCAUGUGAACCUAGGCUUGUGAGUUAGCGCUCUCCAGGCUGACCACAGGUUAUAACCAAGGUUUGUCCUGAACUACAAGCCUGGUUUCCGACAACAUGUUAAGUGAAAUCAUGGCUUCACUCAGCACAGCAACAGAACAAUCGCUGAGGAGCCCAGCAGCUGCAGUUUCCUCCCUGGGAGCCCAUGAGUUCCUGCAGUGCCAUGACUUGGCACGACAUGACAUGUGAACCAGGCCAAUGAGAACAGAACCUGUUGCCUAAAGGAUUUUUUCUUUUAGACAACUCAUAAAUUGAUUGUAAUAAAUGGAAUAAACCCAAAACAAUAUGAGAUACAAAAUAUCCGAUAGGCUGCCUACCUGUGCAAAGGAACAUCCCAAAGAUGUCAGAGUCCAGCAUAUUAUGAGGGAGAUGGAAACCACCUUUCAGUGCCAGAUUUAGGGCACUGCGGGCCGUUCCCUUGCACAGGGCUCCAAGCCAAGGGGGAGCAAAACUGAGAUGAUCCAUAAUUGAGACGAUCCAUUCGGGGGUGCCAAAUUUUGGCCAUAUUAAAAAAGAUUAGCAUAGUCCACCCCUGCUCCUUUUCCAAAAGGGCUGUUCUUGCGGCUGCAGCUCUCUGUACAUCUUCUGAAUAGAGAUGGGUGAAUCUGCCAGUUUUGGUUUCUCUUAGUUCCUCAUUUCCCCAAACUUAACUUCAAUUCUCCACAUUUCCACAUCGGUUUGUGAUUAUUUUUAAAGUCCUUAUGAAAAUUCAGCAGCAUUUCAGUUCGAACUUUUAAUAUACGCAUUUUGUAUGCAAUUUUGCCAUAUAUCCAGAUUUUAUGCAAAGCAUAUUUUCCCUAAUUUUUAUAUUUCCCUUAAUAUGAAUCACUUUUAUCAUACAGUGGUACCUCGGGUUACAUACGCUUCAGGUUACAGACUCCACUGACCCAGAAAUAGUGCUUCAGGUUAAAAACUUUGUUUCAGGAUAAGAACAGAAAUCGUGCUCCAGCGGCAGCAGCAGGAGGCCCCAUUAGCUAAAGUGGUGCUUCAGGUUAAGAACAGUUUCAGGUUAAGAACGGACCUCCGGAACGAAUUAAGUACUUAACCUGAGGUACCACUGUAUUAAUAUAAGUGCGCUAGCAUAUGCAUUUUUAGGCACACUUUACUGCAGUAUGUGCAUUCUUGUGCUUGUUGCUUGACUAGAGAACUGCACUGCGAAAUUUGCAGAAGUGUGAAUUUCCAAGGGUGGUUGUGUUUUGUUCCAUAUAGUGUUUUGGAAAGUGCAAAUUAAAUGUGAAGUGAAUUGAAUUUCUCACCCACCCUUAGUGUUGCUGAGACACAUUAUGAGCAGAACCAACCUGAGAAAACCUGAUGGCCAGAACACUGUUUCAUGUUGGGGGAAAAUACUGUGAUUUUUCUUUCCUCACAGGAACAGGGAAAUGACACAGCAGCCACUGCUGCUAAUGGAAGUGUGACUGACUUGGCCCCACAAACCCAGAGCCAGCCACAACCUUCUGGCAAACCCACUUUGCAUUCCCUGGGACUGAAGAAGCCUCCUCUUCACUCGCUCAUCCUGGACCUCACCCCUGUCAACUUUGUGGACACCGUCUGCAUAAAGACCUUUAAAAACGUAAGGAGGGGUCAACCAUCAGAAGAGGGACACCCGUCAUGAGAGGGUUGUUCUAUGUGCAGCCAAAUCUAAAAGGCAAAUCUGCCUCAUGAGGAAGACCUCUGGAAAGGGAGGGGUUUCAGAUGGCCUGAGCUGUUUGACUGCCAGCUAGAUGACUGAGAGCCAAACUCCAUGUGAGGUUAAAUGCAGCUUUGCAUCUAAACCUGUAGGUUUCUUAAAAUGCAGACAGCACCAGCUGAAGGUGCUGUGAGGAGGGGAUUGAUAUGUGGCAGAAGGAAUUAAGCCCUUUCCUCCCCUGCUGGAGUCCUGAGGAAAAUCCCUCCUCUGAAGCUGGUGUUUGUUUUGGGUUUUUGUUUUUUGCAUUCCCCACUGGUGCUAAUACUAACUUUAAAGGAGAGAUUUAACAUCGUGUCUCGUUGGCCCUUCAAAAGGGGUUUCCAACAAACUGUGGCUUCGAUUACAUUGUGAUGGCUAAUCUGUGCUUCUGAACCUUGCUCAUCACCGGCUUUCAUCUGUUAAUUGCUUCUCUCUCUCUCUGCCAAUCACAUCUGUCACAGAAAUUACUGGCAUUUAAGACACCAAAUAAUCCAAAUCAGCCAAAUGUGAGGAAGGCAUUUUAUUUUCUCUGUUUUUCUUUGGCAGACAUCUUAACCACUGCCCAAUGGCCAUUACUACCCACAUAAAAUUCAUUGAUUUCAGCAAAAGAUUGCACAGGGAGGUCCAUGCAGAUAACAUGUGGGCUUUGUGGAAUAACUUCCUAGUAUCUGAAGCUGCCCUGCCGUGGCAGGAUAGGCAAAUGCAACCCCUCAGGUUUCUGCAAAGCAUCUUGUCUCAGUUGUUUUUUCUUGUUGUCCUUGGCAGAUAUUUAAAGAUUUCCAAGAGAUUGAAGUGGACGUGUUUCUCGUCGGUUGCCAUGGUAAGGAAUUCUAGGAAGUCACGGGUCAGCCACACUGCAGUAAGCAAGUCAUAGCCUGUCAGGGGCUGGACUGGGGAGGAAUGGUGGGAGCCACACACACCCUUCUCCUGAACCUUCCCAAGGGCAGGAGGACAGUAUUGAUUUAGAACAGUGGUUUGCAGAGGGGCAUAGUCCAGAGGGGAAAAGCUGGGAAAUACUGGGUGAGGAACAGCUAGAAGAGGAAACACCAAGAGAGAGACGGCUGGCAGAUUCAGUAUCUUUGGACAGCAUUCCUGGACCUCCCUUUGCCUAAGACUAGAGUGGUUUGAGAGUGAUAGAACAGAGAGCGCAGAGGCAACAAGCUCAGAUUACCUGACGUAGGAGUGACGUAGAUUAAUGGGGGAGGAGAGGGUGAGCCUGUACAGUGGUACCUCGGGUUACAUACGCUUCAGGUUAUAGACUCCGCUAAUGCAGAAAUAGUAUCUCGGGUUAAGAACUUUGCUUCAGGAUGAGAACAGAAAUUGUGUUCCGGCGGCGCGGCGGCAGCAGGAAGCCCCAUUAGCUAAAGUGGUACUUCAGGUUAAGAACAGUUUCAGGUUAAGAACGGACCUCCGGAAUGAAUUAAGUACUUAACCUGAGGUACCACUGUACUGGGAACAAUGCCAUUUCUAUAAGAGAUAUGCAUUCCUUUGUCUCUCACUGUGAUUAUUAAAGAAACUAACUGGUAAGAACACUCCUUUCGUUUGAUCUGCUUCUUCACUGCCACCUGGGGAUGGAUCCGAUUCCCCAAAGCCGAACAUAACCUGAGAGUGUGUGCAUCUUCUAUCGCUGGUGAUUCCUCCGUUCUCAGCCUUGUCCUGGAUGCGCACUUCCUCCUGCCCUUUGGACUUCUUCUGUUUCAUAGUCACAUUAUUCCAUCAAGCCUUUGAAUUGGUUAAAAUUGUACUACUGAAAGGCAGAAGGAGCCAGUGAUUCAGAUGCUGUGGCAGAGGGCCCAGGACAUAAGUGACUAUAAUUUGUGUUAAAUGACAGUGGGACGCACAGUUGCUCAUGCUAAAGUUUGAACCUGACUCUUGUUAACGAUUCAGGAUAUGUGGCACAAAAGUCCUUGUAUAACGCUGAGAAUUCACUACAUUUGCUUCAGCUGCUACUGGUUGGGGUCCCACAACAUCUGGAAGGCAUCACAGCAGCCGACCUCUGCCCAGUCUAAAUCUUCCUCUGCCCCCCCCAUUAGAUCAGCAACUUCAAGAGCAAAAGUGUCUCCCAUCUCCCCUGUGGUGGUAAUAGCAUCCGGGAAUGAUUUAGAUCAGGGAAAGGGAUGAAAAGGUGAAAGACUCUUUUCCAGAGCACCAGUUCCCAGAGCAACUGCAGGGGGCUGCUAGUUAGUUAGCAGACACACUCCUCACACUCAGUGGGAGGUCCUAAUCAUAGAUCUCCCACAUCAGCAUUAUCCCUGGUUUGGCCCUAAGUGAAGAAACUGCCCUGUGCCCUGGCUCUUACGUCAUGCCCAACUUGUGAGCUCCCAGGGGUAUCUGGGUGGCCACCAUUGGAGACAAACCUUUAUUCUGAUCCAGCCAGCAAAUCCCUAUGUUUUUGGCUUAGAGGGGAAAACAGGUGAUAGGUAAAUCUGAGCAUUCAUGGUUAGUGUGGCUGGCAUCAUUUGGCGGAAGUGGAUUGAAACGGCAUUCAUGGUUAGUGUGGCUGGCAUCAGUGGGCUGAAAUGGCACCCUCACGUGGCUUUUCCUUGUCUUUCCCCCUGUAGCUUCUGUCAUUACCCAGCUGGAAAGAGGCAAUUUCUUCAGCCAGACCAUCACCAAGCAGCACCUUUUCCCAUCUGUACAUGAUGCUGUUACCUAUGUUACCAGGAACCGGGGAGAGAGCUUGCCACAAACUGUCACAGUACGUAGUUAGCCUUUUCCUUUCCUUUCCUUUCCUUUCCUUUCCUGGCUGGAAACUUUAGUCCUAGAAAUCUCACAGGGCAAUAUCGCAUUGCUACUUCCAAGCCAGGCAUUCAGACCAUAAUGAUGGAUCUAUUCCUCUACCUUGCUCAGCUCAGUCUUCCAUCAUAUAUGUCAUUAGGCCUCCCUACAUUGAAAGGCCAGUGCACACUCCACAGCCAGAUUUGUAGAAUGGGUGCACCAUAUCUCGAGCGUGCUAAGAAGACUGCCCCCAUCCAUUGUGUGCUCUGCCCAUCAAAUGUACAUUGGUUUAACUAAGACACAGCCAAUAUACUAACCAGGAAGUUGCUUGAUCAAAUGCCUUUUUUGCCAUGGACUACUAGUUUGCCUGAGGCAAGUCAUUACUUCUUCGCCUUGACCUUGCUUCCACAACUGUAACAUGGGACUUAUCUUGUAGGAAUUGCCAUACCUGAGCAGUCAUGUAAACCCCCAACAUACGUGUUUUAAUUGCAGGCAAGUCUGUUUGCACAAAUGUUGGUUGUUGAUCCGCAUGUUCUGGUAAAAUUAUCCCAUCACUUUUCUCGUUGCAAAAAGUUUGACAAGAAAAGUGAUGGGAAAUUGCAGUAGAAAUUGUAGGAUAACAGCCUCUAACUGGCAGUGUUGUGUAACAUUCGUGCAGACAUGUCAGGAUUAUCGCUCAAUAAGCCAGUGACAUUGUAUAACAUCUGUGCAAGUUACUUGUAAAUGCUCAGUAAACUGCUGGCCUGGAAGCUCCCUUAGAGGGGAUGUUGUGAAAACAAGAAGCUAUUUACCAUCCAGUUUGUACAAGAGUUAUUCCUUAGGCAGAUCUUGACAGCUUCUUUGAUGGACAUGUAAAGGCUAUGACUGAACAGGCGCUAGAGGAAUCUAUAUACAUCUCUAUCAGAGAUAUGGAUACCUCAGAUAGUGAACAAGUAAACGGAAGAGAAAUGUUGAGUUAAUUUGAGGUUCUCAGAAAUCAAUGCUAGCAACUUUAUUCUUCAUCUUCACAGGAUAACAACGCCACUAAAAUGUAA